UGACAUUUUACAGAAGCAACUGUCAACAUCUGUGAUACUGCAAUUGCAUUUGUACUGCUAUUACAUUGCAUUUGCUGAUGUGAUACCGAGCUGACAGUAAACAAUGGAAGGGUACCUUGUACUGUUUCUGAUGGCGAUCUAUGGCCUUGCAUAUGGAGCGAAGUCACUUGGUGUGAUUCAACAGGAUGUUGGUAAGGUGGGUACGUUGGGUGACCUCAGCAGGGAAAGUGGUGCCGAUGACGUCAGAGCUCUGCGUGACCUCAUUGAGCAGUACAGCUCCCUGAAAGCUGAUGGGAACAAGGACUUUCCUUUAUUUCACAGUAACAAGAAACGCGGUGUGCCUGGCAUAAAGAGGAGGUCACGACGUUCUCCACGUGGAAAGCAAACUAACCGCAAGAAGAAUCCACUACACAGAAUAUCAAAUUCCAAUACUGCAGGUCAGUCAUCUUCAGGGAGCAGUUACAGCUACAGAACACAAUUGUUGUCUUGGAAGACAAAUCAUGCAAACGACACUGUAGUUGUGCCAAAAGAUACAUUUAAAGAUCACAAUGCAGCAGAGUAUUUUAAAAUUCUGAGUCACUUUCUUGAGGCAUUUCCUUUGAGGUAUGUAGUCAAGUUUCCACUUGCUGGGGAAGAGCGAGAAGUUCAACUUGGAUCAGCAUCUAGGGGAAAAGGACAGAUUGUCGUUUAUGGCAAGUCAGGUAGAGCAGCGACAUAUAAUGCCAUAAUACGUGGUUUGACAUCCAGUUCAGCAGUAAAUGAGAGGGUUAUUGCCGACAAAUUGUUAGGUAGUUUGGUUACAAAACUGAAGGAUGUCGAUAAUAAUAUCUGGAGUGAUUUCACAGAGCAGCAGAAGGAAGCUGCUGUGGAACUUAUUGCAGUUACACAUAUUGCUGAGGCGGUGCCUGCAAACCCUGCCAUUCCCGUCAAACCUCGACAAGCACCACCUGGACGAACACCAGCAAUGGCUGAAUAUGCAAGGGUGUGUCUGGGGGAAAUUGCAAAAGGGCGCCUUACAUUUAAAUCUGUGUUCGCAAAUGGAACCAACUCACUGUACCCAGCUGCAGGACCUGGAGGGACAGACAGAGCUAGAAGGCUUGCUAAAAUAACAUCAAUCCAUGUAUCAGACCUUGAACGUCUGUAAAAAUGUACUAAAGUGAGAUUUCACAUAGCUUUGUAAUUCAGCACUCCUCUAUAUACUUCAGUUUCCUUCUUUCAGAUCUAUUUUUGUUCAACUAACAAUAUUAGUUUAAUAGAAAAAUGUAUUCAAGUCCAAGCCAAUUGGUACUUACAUGUUAUAAGAACCAGAUGUUUUCACAGCAGUACCAAUUGCUUCCCGAUUAUAAAAUCUAUUUGUUAAUGUUAAUAAAAUGUUAUAUAGUGUGUUGU